UCGCACUGACGCCCGACCAUCUAUUUCACUUUGCGCUAUUAAAAAGCACUGCGUCGGCACACGCUGUACUCAGGAGCCCCCCGGUAUAGAGACAUGUCCCGUCUCUGUUAACACGCGCCCGAUGAUGAAUCUCGUCGCCGACACCAAUCCACCGACACACCAUUGCCGGCGCGAACGAUAGCCACUCCACCAUGGCCGACCCGCCGAGGCCAUCCAGCUCCAGCUCCAAUGCCACCUCCACUCUAGGCCAGUCCGCCCUGACAGCGACCGGACCCGUGGGAGAGCCAGGACUCCCGCCAGCGCGACCAGCCAGCGAAACCACGAGCCGAGACCGCGACAGCCGCACGUCGACACAGCGAAGUUUCCGGCCCAUGAGCAGACGAGAUGAGAACUCACGUCCGGGCUCGGGCGUGGGUGGACCUACUCAUGUUCCGUCUCUCGCCAUGCAGAGCGCAUUUCGUCCCAUGAGCUCGCAGAAGCUGCAGGCGCAACGCGGUCAGAACAUCGCCCCUCCCAGCAGUACCCAAGGCGGGCAUCGCUUGCAACACAGCGUAGACGAGAGCGGCGAGGACAGAAGAGCACAUCGCCUUAGUCUGGCGUCGAUCAACACAGCGCGAGAACUCGCUUCGCGGGAUGGUGCCUCGCGCGACGGAGACGUGCCACCUCUGCCCAGCAGUGGCCGAGGCUUCUCUGUCUCUGCGAGCACCGAGCCACUAUUCAGUCCAGCGGCCGCUCCGGAGAGUGUGGUCAGCGACCAGAGCCAAGUGCCAUUAGACCCGAUCGAGAAGCCGCCGGCUUCUGAAUCCCAACCCGCACCACCGCCGGCCUAUCGGAACUCCUUGGGAUGGACCUCGAAUAAGAGCAAUCGAGAGCGCAAUGCGCAACAGCAAUUGCCCCAAGACAACGAAAAGCUCUCAUCGCCCGCAAAAUCACCGAUUAAAUCGACGGAGAACACCCGGACAGGACGAAAUUACCAAUACUACGCAGGAAACUAUCUCUUCUUCUGCCUUGGACGAUGCCUGAACACGAAAGCAAAGCCACUGAAUGUCGUCACGGGCAUCCUGACACUGCUCCCGGCGAUUCUGUUCUUCGUCUUCUCUGCGCCAUGGCUCUGGGAAAAUGUGUCUCCGGCAAUACCAAUCAUAUUUGCUUACGUCUUUUUCGUGGCAUUCUCAGCGUUCCUUCAUGCGGAAUUCUCUGAUCCUGGAGUGCUGCCUCGAAAUUUGCACCCACAUCCUCCGAAUCCGGACGAAGAGCGCGAUCCCCUAGCCGUAGGACCACCAACGACAGAAUGGGUCAUGGUCAAGACAUUUCCUUCUAGGCAGAUGAAAGUCAAGCUGGAGGAACAUGCCGCCGAGAACGGAGCUGCAGGACCAAACGGCGCAAUGACUGCCAUGGAGGUCCCAACAAAGUACUGUAAGACAUGCAAUAUCUGGCGGCCUCCACGAGCACAUCACUGCCGGGUCUGUGAUGCUUGUAUCGAAACACAAGAUCAUCACUGCGUUUGGUUGAACAACUGCGUCGGCCGCAGGAACUACAGAUUUUUCUUUGCCUACAUUGGCUUCGGCAGCAUUAUGGCUCUGCUUCUGAUGGCCUUCUCCCUGACUCACAUUGGCGCCUAUGCCAGUCAAAACGAAAUGUCCUUCGGAGAAGCCCUGUCUGGACGGACACAGGAGCGCAUCGCAUUCGCCAUGUUCAUCUACGCAGUCCUCGCACUUCCUUAUCCAGGAAGUCUCUUUGGCUACCACCUUUUCCUCAUCGCGAGAGGCGAGACCACACGCGAAUACCUCAACAGCCACAAAUUCCUACCCAAAGAUCGACACCGGCCUUUUUCACAAUCUUCUAUACUCAGAAACUGGUUGGCAGUCCUCAUGCGUCCGCGACCUCCAAGCUACUUGGCGUUCAAGAAAGCUUACCAGCACGGCGAUAUUCGACUCGGUCACACUAUUCCUCGCAAGCAACGCGUCGAAAAAGAGAAAUUGGACGCUGCUCGCAGUCAAAGCCGUGUGGAAGGACUGAAGAAGAGAUUCAGUGUCCCCAAGGGCAAAUUUGGUGGCCGAUCCGACCUUCAUGCGCAAGCUAACGGCGGCGCAGACAGGGAUGUCGAGCUGAAGGAUUUGCAAGGUCCGCCUAAGACGGCAGACAGUGGAAUUGGUGGAGCGCAGAGCGUGAAGAGCCAGCAACAGCAAUCACAACAGCAGCAGCAGAAGAGUAAGACUCUGCCCGGCGGAGCGAACAGUACACCGCGAUAGCGUGUUGCGCUCGCGUGUGGAUCGAUCAUUUAAUCGUUGAUUCCCUUUUGAUUUUGAUUGUAGCGAUGGCGUUGUUUUGGGGACUACUGGUCAGCGAAUCUUGCGUUUGAAGUUUAUGUUGUGGACGGCAGUGGCGCCAAUUGUAUGUAAUUGUACGGCGUCUUUGCGGUCCAGAUGGGUCGAAGAGAGGAGAGGAAGACAAAGUCUUCGUGUAUCAUAGUUGCUGUUAAGUGCGAUCUGAGCGAGCGAUGAACAUUAUGUCUUCAGUUCCCAGGAUUUCUCGUUCAUGUACAUAUUCAUCUCGCAUGGCUUCGAAUAUUAUACAAAUGGUUCUUACAUUUAGUCGUGUUGAUACAAUUUCUUUCCUGUCUU